GUGUACUUUCGUCUGAGGCCAUUGUUGUUUGGCUUUGUUGUCAAAGCGUAGGGCGAAUACUUAAUCCAACCGCUCACCAUUUUCGCCCGCUGUCAAACGCUUAAUUCAAAUAACGAUUCGCCAUCGUGCGCCUGAAAUACGCACACAGCAAAGAAGAAAAAAGAACAGAAAGCGGUUGGAUUAAUACAUUUUAGCAGAAAUUUUCAUUCCCAACAGAAAGGAAGUUAGUGGCGUCGAACGAUUUCGUGCGUGAGAUAGGAAGAAAAGAAGAUUUUUGAGGAAUUGCAUUGUAAAAACGGACGGUGUUUUGGUAGCAAGAGAUAAAUCAGAACGCGGAAAAAAGAACCGUACGAGUAACUUACUGUUACGCUAAGAAGAAAAAUAAGUCGCGAUCUUCCAUCGAAGGUGUUCUACAUCGGCAGCAAUGUUUGGCAACGAACGGCUAAACGGUGGUACGACCAGCGGUACGACCAAAUGCCAGAAAGAAUCGUCCAACGAUCAGGACAGCGCUUCCGCAUCUACCCUACCGAAUGGGACAACGCUUCCAACCGAUUCGAGACCUUCGUUUGCAUCCGUCUUCACGAUCGAAAGUAUACUUGGGCUGAAUCAGGAUACGAUCACACACAAAGCAGGUACCCUGAACGAAAAGUUGCUCUCUCCCGUGCCGCAACGGCUGGACAGUACGGCCUACGAGCUGGAACACACCAAGCAGAGUCUGUCGAAUUAUUUCCGCUGUGCUGGGGCCGGUACACUGCACCUACCAACCACAUCCGAAGCGAACAUGCUAUCGACAAACAUUCUCGGAAUAGCAUAUCCUUCGUCCUGCCACAGUUAUCUGCAGCCGGAUCUGUUUGCGGCACAUCUUCACCAGCAGGUAGGUCUCGUGGCGUGCAACGGUAACUUCCGGCCCCGAUAUCCAUUCCUGAACGCGGACUCACACAUCAAGCGAAAGCGUCGACACCGGACCAUCUUCACCGAGGAGCAGCUGGAACAGUUGGAGGCCACGUUCGACAAGACGCACUAUCCGGACGUGCUGCUGCGAGAAAAGCUAGCAAUUAAGGUGGACCUCAAGGAGGAACGUGUUGAGGUUUGGUUCAAAAAUCGGCGCGCCAAAUGGCGAAAGCAGAAGCGAGAGGAGCAGGAACAGUUUUCCAACUACGAAAUCAAUAACAAAAUUAGAAAACUCAUCAACAUCCCGGUGUCGGCACAGGAAAAGCUUCGCCAGCUGCAGACGGGCAUCUUUGCCAAGGACAAACAACUGUUGCCGAAAUGUGACGAGCUGAGCAACAGCAACAGCGACGCAUCGGAUGUGGAGGUGGUAUGAUAAAUUGUAGCGGCGCGAAGGAUGUCUCCCGGCAGACAACUGAAGUGUACCGCAAAGGAGGCGGACGGGCGGGAGGAUGGAACAGGGGAUGGUGCUUUUUUGUGGAGAGCAUAAUUGGCCGAUGGGGCCUGGGAGCGUUGGGAUAUUAAAUUUAAGGCUAGAAACGGUAAAGUAACGUUUAAAAUGCAGAACCCACAUACUCUGUGUUGGGUGAACAUGACAACACGCUAAGCAAUUGGAGUGAAUGCUCUAGGAUUUAAUCGUAAAACCACCUCCCCCAAUUGUAUAUUAAUGCAUCGAUGUUUGAUGUUUGCUUGAUUGUAUUCAAAAAAAUCGGUAGUAGUCAACCCGUUUGAGAGAACGAAAAGCACUAGCAUUAGUGACAGCAAGUGUCAUUCCUCUAAUCGUAGUACAUAAGCGAGCUAAAGUACUGUGCUGGAGAGCAAUAAGUUACACAUUCUCCACGACUAGUAUAGUGUUUACGUUAAGAAUCUAAUUUUGGGAAGGUUGAACCAAUCGAAUACUGCGGAAAAUAAGUGUAAAUUAUACGAUCAUAUUUUAUUUACUGCUUUACACAAACAACGAUCGUGUUUAAAUCAAAACUGAUUCCGGCAGGCAACGAUCGUGUAAGAUCGAGUCCGUAUAUAAACACGUGCCAUAUCGAUGUGUUAACGCACACGAGGCACGAUUCAAGCGUUUAACCAAGAAACAUCAUAAACUAAUCAAACAAUUUAAUUAGCUAAUGGAACCGUGUGCCAUUGCCAGCGGUUUUGCAUCCCCGCACGGUACGGAUCGAAAACGAAAAAGAUUAAAUUAUGGACCACCGCGGUGGAAAGAAGCUGCAUAAAUCAUGGCACAGCGUGUAGUAGCAGCAGCUAUCGUGCAAUACUUAAUAAUUGAUAUCGCAUUCUUUGAAAUUGUUCCCCGUUUGAAACAAAAACCGAAAAGGUGGGAAUAUGUAGUGUAUAAAACAGAACAGGAAAGGCCCACAACAUACGAAUGGUUGCAAAUUUAAAUGAAAUUUCUUCUCACCCACUUUAUGAGCAGCAGCGGUAGAUAGGAGCUACAGAGCGAUUAAAAAAGAUAAUAAUGUUUUGCAUAAUGCAUAACUUUGGGCGUUUUUUCUCAUGAAGGUCAACUUUGCAAUGAAGGUUAGUAUAGGGAAGGAAAAAAAUUAAUUACCUUUCGAUCAUUUUGUUUGUCCCUUUUCUAAAUAAGAUUGUCGCGAUAGAUUCUUUUACUUUCGAAAGCGCUGCUGAAGGAAAAGGGUACGAACAAGGUACGAACAAUACUUUACCAAAGCAGCAAAAGAAAACAAGCGCCGAAUCAAAACGCCUAAAUGUAUGCAUUUUGUACAACAAAAUUGUCCUAACAUUUGGUGAAGCAAUGUAGUGAAGCAUUUGCUUCCUGCUUACUUUAAGGCAACUUCGUCUCGUAUGUAUGUAUAUGUAUGUGUGUUUGUGUUUGGGUUGGUAUGCGUGGUGUGUGUGUGUGUGAGUGUUCGUUUUGUUUUGUUCGUUGCCGAGUUAUUUGAAAUGUUUCCGGGGUGUUGUCGUUUUUGCUUGGCACACGGAGAAUCUUACCGAACCAGACAGUAUGUCUAAAAUACCACCACCACCACUAACUAAUAAUAACAAAUAAUCCGAAAGCAAAUAAUCUACGUAUUGUGCAAACUCCCCCACCCCUUUAACUGUGCGAAUCCUUCUAAUAAACCCGUCUACUAACAAUAUAAUAGUACCGCUUUCGUGAUUUUUCUUUCAUUGCGAUUUUUAAGGCCGUUUUGGCUUUUCUUUUCAUGGUCCUAUGAACACUAUGCACUCAACAUCAUCAAACAAACAAUCAGCAACAGAUGACCAAUCCAUCCGGAUGGGUAAGUUUCACUGUUAAUACCCUUUACCGAGAUUCGUAUCCCCGUCAACCGUGAUGACAGUGUCGAUGCCUCUUUGCUCGACGCCCCUUGGUGGGCCAGUAACGGAUUCGAUAAAUAUUUAAUGCGAACCCUACUCGCCUGGGAAUUGCCUUCGAAAGGUUCGUAAUCGUAGCGGCUCUUGUCUGGCUUUCAUUGUGAGCGAUUUGCUGUUGGGUGGCACGGCAGCCUUUACCCUCUAGCAGGCACCGUGUGAUAAAGCUGGACCCAGUUCUCGGAAGGCACUGGCCAGAAGAAAUCGUAAGAAAAUUGACGUCUGAAAGAGAUUUCCUUUACGAUGGUAUUUAAUUUGAUUUUCCCCAUCCUUCGCGUGCGCUUUUGCUGUUCGAUAUUUAUGGAUGAAAAUUUCUUGAAGGGUUGGAGGAAUUGUUUUUUUCUCCACUGUAUUGUUUGUUCAGUCCGGUACGUUGCGGUACUAUUGAUUUGCUUACAUUUUUAGCCUGGAAUGAAUGCGAAAUGGUUCAAACAGUGACAUAAUAUCCC